AUGCCUUCAGACUCGGUUAGUCUCCCUCUUUAUGAGGAUGAGGAUUGCAAUGAUUACACAGAACCAUCUCCAAGACAGGUUCUAAGGAUUGCAAUAAACUUAAAAAAUCUGAUAGACAUACUGAUUCCCUCACCAAUACCGGUUCAUUCGCUUACCGAGGAUUCUACCUUUUUGAGUGAAAAGGUGAUGACUGCUGUUUAUGGUGCUGCUGGAGGAGAUGGUAAAGGAAAAGGAUCAUCUGCUAGAAGAUACCAGGCAUCAUUAGUAUUUUGUCUUCUUAAAGUUGCGGGUUGGUACUCCUCAUUAGCUGAAAAUGAACUUAGUAACACAGAGCUUUAUGAGACUCGACAGGUGACAGCUGAAAAUAUUGCAGCUACACUUAUUGAUCGUGAAUCAGAUGUUAAAUACUUAUUUCUUUCUCUGCUUUGUCAUAGAUAUUCCAUCAAUCUCAACGAUGUGGAUGCUGACCCAGAAAAUGCACUUGAACUUGCGGUGGACAUGCACUCAACUACAAUAAUUGCUUCUAGUGGGUAUCAAAGAUGUAUCAAAUGGCUUUGGCGUGGUUGGAUCGUUCAGUCAAGCCAGGAUCCAAGCGAAUACGUUCUUUUCAGAGGUAUCUCGAACACGGAGUUUUCUUCUCGUUUUGACCCCGACAGAAUUAAAACUCCUCUUUAUCAGAAUAUCCUCGAGAUCCUCUUCUCUUUCCUAUAUCUUUUUGUUUUCACUGUUAUUGUCAAUACAGAUUCUAGUGCACAUCACUUGGGUGCAUGGGAGUGGGCUUAUUACUUGGCGACCAUCGGCUUUUCUUUAGACGAAGUCAUUAAAUUUUCGCAUAUUGGUGUCAAUUACCUACAAUUCUCGAACGCAUUCAAUGAUUGUAUGUAUACGAUAGUGCUCUUUUCAAUGGCUAUAAGGCUCUGUGGAAUAUCUGCAACAAAUCCGGAUAAGAACAUUAACUUAAAUAUCAUGUCGUACAGAAUAUUAUCUCUGGCAGCUCCUUUUAUGUGGACGAGAAUGCUCUUGUUUUUGGAUGUUUACCAGUUUGUGGGAACAAUGAUUAUAAUCAUAAAGAAAAUGAUGAAAGAAUCAAUUAUUUUUUUCGUCAUGCUUACAUUUAUACUGAUUGGCUUUCUUCAGGCCUUUUUGGGAUUGGAUCAAGCUGACGGUAAGCGUGAUUUGACGAAGUUCAUCAUUCAAUGUUUGCUUCGUACAGUUCUAUCAGGACCAGAUUUUGAUUCAAUUGGCAGGUUUGCAUACCCAUACGGAAGUGUUCUUUACUAUUCAUUUACCUUCAUUGUCGUCCUAAUUCUUCUCAACGUCUUGAUUGCAUUGUAUUCACAGGCAUACAGUGAUGUUGUUGAGAAUGCUACGGACGAAUAUUUGGCCCAGUAUUCAUCAAAAAUUUUGAAAUAUGUUCGUGCACCUGACGCUAAAAUAUUCUGUCCGCCUCUAAACCUCAUUGAAAUAUUCUUGUUGGAUAUUCCAUUGAGCUGGUGGAUGCGCAAAGAAUAUUAUAUCGCAAUUUGUGAUCGUGUCAUGCUGGUUCUAUAUUUCCCAUUACUUAUUUUCAUUGCAAACUAUGAGUCGCAGGUUGCUAAGAGGGUGAACUACAACAGGCAAGUCCACGUUGCCGACGAUGCUAAUGAAAUAGAUACCGAAUGGAAUUUGUCAGAUGGAUUCGAUUCAGAUGAAAAUCCUCACCGGCAUGUCAACAAAUCGCAAAGAUUACAGCAACGAGCAGAACAAGAAGAACCUUCAUUCACAAAACACUUCUCUUCAUGGUCUACGAAUCUUGAUGAGUUAAAGCCACCAAUUACAGAAAGUCAAAACGUGGGUAUUCCUUGGCAGUAUUUCAAGUUAUAUGAGAAGAUUGAUAAGUUGACUGUUUUGCUCACUGAGGUCAUACAGGAUAAUCAAGAGCUCAAGAAGCAACUUCAUGAGACUUCUCGCAGCUAA